ACUCUCCCACAUCCGAUACGACCGACGGCCCGCCUCCUGCGUCCGUCCUCUCCUCCGUUCUCUCCGUGUCAGAAAACUCCUGUUUUGCUUUUUUCCCUCACUCCGCACAUUGUUGAAGAGGCGAGAGCUGAUGGGUUAUUUCUUCCCCGUUCUACUCCGGCGGUGCCUCCUGGCUACGCCCGGAACUCAGACCGGCCGUGCGAUCCCGUUUACCCUAAUCGGGAGUUCUAGAUGCUUCUCAUCCCCUACAGCACCGACGAGCGAACGCAUCGACUUUCCCUUCGAGGAUGACGAAUCGUCUUCCUCCUUUGCAAAAUCGCCUGACGACCUACGAAGCCGAAUCUUCCGACUUCGAUUCCCAAAGAGGAGCGCAACGGCGGUGAUCGAGAAGUGGGUCGCCGAGGGAAGGAAGGCGUCGUCACAGGAGCUUCGAAGGAUCGCGAUGGACCUCAGGAGGUCGCAGCGAUUUAAGCACGCGCUUGAGAUCUUUAUGUGGUUGGAUUCUCAGAGCAGUUUUCAGGCAUCAGCAGCUGAUCAAGCUGCCAAAUUGGAUCUAAUAAUCAAAGUCGAUAGCCUAGCUAAUGCAGAACUAUAUUUUGAGCAGAUUUCCAACACUGCAUCACAGAAGGUUGCAUCUCUACCUCUUCUCCAUUUUUAUGUGAAGCAAAAGGAGUUGACGAAAGCAGAAGCUCUGCUGACCAAACUCUGCAGCCUAAGUUUCAUUGUGAAUCCUCACCAUUUCAAUGAGAUUAUGAAGCUCUAUGCUGCAACGGGCCAGUUCAAGAAAGUAAUCUAUGUUAUCCGGUACAUGAAACGGAACAAGGUUUGUCUUAAUGUACUCUCGUAUAACCUCUGGAUGAACGCCUGUGGUGAGGUAUCCGACGUUGCUUCACUAGAGAUGAUUUAUAAGGAGAUGACGGUGGACAACAAUGUUGAAGUAGGUUGGAGCACAUACUGUACUUUAGCCAAUAUUUAUACUAGAUUUGGUCUUGCUGACAAGGCUUUCGCCGCCCUUCGGAUGGCCGAAAAUAAGUUAUCAACAAAGAAGCGACUCGGUUACUCUUUUGUCAUGACGAAUUAUGCGGCUCUCGGCGAUAAAAAUGGAGUUCUGAGGCUUUGGGAGUUUAGUAAAAGAGUGGCAGGGAAGAUCCCUUGUGCCAAUUAUAUGAGUGUCAUGAUCUGUUUAGUUAAGCUUGGUGAUAUUUCGGAGGCUGAGAGGAUCUUUAAGGCAUGGGAAUCUCAAUGUUGGAAAUAUGAUAUUAGGGUUCCUAACAUACUUUUAGGUGCUCACAUGAGGAAUGGAUGCAUGGAGAAGGUUGAAUUAUUGUUUUUUCAUGCUUUAAAGAAGGGCGGUAAUCCAAAUUACAAGACUUGGGAGAUUCUGAUGGAGGGAUGGGUGAAGAAGAAGGAGAUGGACAAGGCGGUGGAAGUCAUGAAGAAAGGUUUAUCUAUGUUGAAGCACUGUAUUUGGAGACCAUCCUCGGAUAUUUUGUCGGCCAUUGCGGAGUAUUAUGAGGAAAUUCAGAAUGUUGAUGAUGCUAAUAGGUUUGUGAAAGUUCUUCAACGUUCGUGUCUGAUGAAUCUUCACUUGUACAAGUCGUUUGUCAGAACGCACGUUAAAGCGAAGAGAGUGAACCCGAACAUCCCGAAGAUGAUGGCUAGAGAUGGAAUUGAGCCAGAUGAAGAAAUCAAAUUAUUGAUUCAACAGAUGACAAGUAUCAUCAGCGCUGAUAUUUAUGUGGACUAGUUCAUUUUCUAGCAACACUAAUUGUUUGGGAGUGCGUUGAGUGAUGUUUUAAUACACAAGAGAGACAUUUGAUGAUGAUAGCGCACAGCCAAGAAGUGAACUUAUAUCCUAUAUUUUCUGUCAUGGCUCUUGUGAGUAAAUUUAUCCCCAUUGGAGGCAAUGGACUCUCACCAGUUCCAACUUGAGGAAGUUGUCAAUUCAUGAACUGAUAAGUGGUAGCUGCUCUUUGUCAAUCCCAACAAUCUCUUCAACGAUUCUAUCAAGUUAGGAUCCAUCCGGCAACAGCGCCGUCAAGGCUGAUAGUUAUCCUUCCAACAGCUUCAACCUCUCCAGAAACUCUUUCACUGCCCCACGUUGCUGAAACCUCCACAUUGUGCAACACAUCAAAACUUCCAGCAGAUGCUGUCAAAAACUAGAUGUCAGCUGCUUGAUUUGUCAAAAAUGACUAAAAACUUCAUUUAUGAUCAUCGCAGGAAACCUUUUCCUUGAAAAACUUCACCAGAAUCGAUCAAUGGCCUUCGGUAAUGGAUCUGAAGGUAGCAGCUUGGGCUUGCCAUGUUGUUCUGAAACUGGAAUCAUCUUGUUUAUAUGGUGUUGUAGUUCAGGAGUUGGGAACUCUUGUCAUGGAGAUCUUCAUGAUGUAUUUCUCUUUUAUGGGUGGAAGGUCUCGGCUUCAUCCCAUAACAGUUUCACUCCCUCAACUUCCAUUGCUUUUGUUCUGAUCUUGAAUCUGCUAUUACUGUCUGUGAUCUGGUUCUUCUCUUUGAUUUCAUUUAAGUUGUAUAAUCUGAUUGUGUGGCAUUUUUAAAAUUAUAAAGUGAUUAAUAUUUAA